GGUGCGAGUAUGGUAGUACUGCAACACUUUUUUAAUAAAAUGUACAAGGCAUAUUCACCACUUAGUAAGAUGGACUGUCUCUUGAAAGCUGUCAACACUAUCUAUAAAUCAACAAAAGAUACAAGGGAUGGGCAUGAAGCUGUGGAGUCUAUGGGUGCUGAUGAUUUUCUGCCUGUGUUCAUCUAUGUGCUUGCUCACUGUGAUGUCAAAACGGCUGAGAUUGACGCUGAUUACAUGUGGGGUUUGCUGGAUCCCAAUCUGCUGAUUGGACAAGGUGGAUAUUAUUUAACAACAUUAAGUAGUGCAGUGUGUGUGAUUAAAAACAUGCAUCUAGAGGAGGAAGAUGAUACAAGACUGCCAUGCAUCAGUGAUAUGCAGGGAUUUCUAAAAAUAGCCUUCCAUGAUAAUGAGAAUGAUGUCAUUAUGUCCAAGACAUUACCAAUAACGCCAUCUAUGACAACUAGUGAUGUUUGUCAGUUAAUAGCUAGCAAACUAGAUGUUGAUAAUCCUGACGACUUUUUGCUUUACUUGGUAGCUGAUGACACAGAACAAGAACUAGGACCGAGAGAUUGUCCGCAGCAACUGAAAAGUGACCUCCAUACUAAAAGACAACCUCACAUAUUUGGAUACAGAAACAAGAAUGUUCAUGUCAAUUGGCCAACGCCUAUGUAAAAUGUGAUUGGCCAACGCCAAUGUUAAAUGUGAUUGGACAAUGCUUAUGUGAAAUUUGAUUGGUCAAUGCCUCAUUUUAUAUGCAGCAAAUGUUCACUUGUGAUAUUGGAAAAGAGACAAUAAUUUGCCCAGUGACUGAAUAUGAUCAGAAUUGUAAUAAUAUUGUUACUUCUUCGCUGAUGGUGUAGAUUUGGAGUCAUUGAUUGGCUUCAUUAUAGAAUCAUCAUCUCUAUGAGAAAUAAAAAUUCUCAUCAUCUGAAAGUAGAUGAAUCUAUAGUACAUUUCAGCUCAAGUAUACUACAAAAGGGUUUAUAGCAGUAUUAUGUAAUAACCUCCAACAAAACAUGCAAAAAACUACAGAGUACCAAAUAUCAGUAAUAAUACUGCC